UAUGACACGCCCGACCAAGUUAUUGCAUACCUGGAUGCAUUCUACAAGCGAGGGUAUAAGCAGAUCGACACCGCACGGAAUUAUUCCACGGGGGCCGCCGGUACCUCGGAGCCAAGGCUCGGUGCAGUGGAGGCUGGGAAACGCUUCAUUAUCGACACCAAGGUGAAGUCCCGCGAGCCUGGAAGCCACACGAGGGAGAAAAUUGCCGAGGACGUUGAUACUUCGCUUGAAGAGCUGAGGAUCGACCAAAUCAACAUCGAAUAUCUCCAUCAACCGGACAGGGCGACCCCCUUCGAGGAGACUUGUGAAGCCAUUGACAAGGCUUAUAGGGAAGGCAAGUUCAAAAAGUUUGGACUUUCCAAUUUCACGGCAGGUGAAGUGGCACAAGUCCUUGAUAUUUGUGAGCGUCGGGGUUUCGUGAAGCCGAGCGUCUAUCAGGGACAGUACAAUCCCCUUGUCCGUGGUGGAGAGAAGGAAUUGUUCCCCCUUCUGCGCAAGAACAACAUGGCUUUUUAUGCUUGGAGCCCGGCCGGGGGAGGCUUCUUUGCCGGAAACUACAAGACCGAUAAAGAAGGCGGUCGGUUUGACAAGUCUACUUUCCUCGGAAGUUUCUACUCGGCCCUGUACCUGAAACCAUCAAUCGAGGCCGCGACCGAAAAGGCCUUGGCUGUUGCUGGCAAGCACAGUAUCAGUGGCCAUGCCGCUGCCCUGAGAUGGACCGUUUAUCACAGUGGCCUCGAUGCGAAGUACGGAGACGCCAUCAUCGUUGGCGCGUCUACAAUCGACCAAGUCAACUCUAACGUCGACAUUGCCGAAGCAGGGCCGCUCCCGGAUGAUGCUGCCAUAGCCUUCGAAGCAUUGUACAAGGAAGUUGGUGCUGAUGAGAUUCCUUAUGCUUUUAAAGCUGGGCCACUGGGGCGGCAUGGAACGGGGCUCGACACUCGGCUUGAGAUUAGUAAUCCUGCAAUAACUACCUAA